UGUGUAUGUAGCAAGCUACGAACUUGACCGCAGCAAAAUGUUCAAUUUUGGAUCAAAAAUACUUGUACUUUUUCUCGUGGCUUUCCCAUGUGGCCUGAUAUCCUUCGGCCGAGUAUCUGCAGACUCUGAGUCUGCGGAGGACAUUUUCCCGGAUUCAACAGUCGAUGAGGAGGAGGAGGAGGAAGAGGAUGAGGUGCUGGUGGAAGAAGAUCAGGUCCCAGGCUCAGAAACAGAAGAUGACAUAGAUGAAGAUGCUGCAGUUGGAGAUGUAACCUCUCACCCUGAUGCUGACACCACCAUUGUCUUUGUGACUGGGGAAGAGUUCCCAGCCAAUGAGAUUGUGAAGUUCCUGGUGGGUUUCACCAACAAGGGAAGCCAGGAUUUCACUGUCCAUUCCCUAGAGGCCUCCUUCCGUUACCCUCAGGACUUCCAGUUCUACAUCCAGAAUUUCACAGCCUUGCCCCUAAGCACUGUGGUCCAGCCCCAGAAGCAGGCCUCCUUUGAGUACUCCUUCAUCCCUGCUCAGCCUAUGGCUGGUCGUCCCUUCGGCCUGGUUAUCCUACUCAACUACCAGGACAGUGAGGGCAACGGUUUCCAGACGGCCAUUUACAACCAGACCGUCACUAUCGUUGAGCUGGAGGAGGGACUGGAUGGAGAGACAAUAUUCAUGUAUAUCUUCCUGACUGGAUUGGUUGUCUUGGCGGUCUUUGGCAUGUACCAGGUGCUGGAGUCUAGGACGAGGAAGAGGUUCCCUGUGAAGGUGGAGACGGGCACUGGUGGGAUGAACGGUGUGGACAUAAGCUGGAUUCCCCAAGAGACCCUCAACAUCAUGAGCAAGGCAUCGGCAUCCCCUAAAGCCUCCCCAAGGAAACGCACCAAGAGAGCGGUGGGAGUAGAUCAGUAAACCA